AUGGCGAUCACCGAGCCAAAUACCAAACAUCCAGACGUGUUAUGGGUUCACCCACAUACAGAGCAGACCAACAUGGACAAAUUCCGUCGCUGGGUCAAUACAAAGAGGAAGAUCAACCUGAGAAACUAUGAAGAUCUCCAUGCUUGGUCGACCAGCCGGGUUACAGCAGAAGACUUCUGGAUUGACCUUUUCCAGUUCCUGCAGGACUUCGAGAUGUUUCCACCACCGCGAUUUUUCCCCGACGUGAAGGCCAACUUCACCGAACAUAUUUUUCAAAGCAAAACAUCGUGGGAGAAUGUCGCACUACAUGCAUGUUCCGAGGGGCUUUCAACGAUCGAAGACAUCACAUGGCGCCAACUACAUGCACGCGUUACGAUAUUGGCCGAUGCGAUGCGAAAUAGUGGUCUUCGAAAGGGAGACCGGGUGGCCGCAGUGAUCACAAACACGCCCGAGGCAAUAGUGACCGCCCUGGCCGUCCUUUCUAUAGGCGCAAUUUGGUCCACUUCAUCUCCAGACAUGGGAGUGAGUGGGAUUUUGGACCGACUCCGGCAGAUCGAACCUCGAUUUCUCUUAAUCGAGACCUCUGUUGUUUACAAUGGCCAGAGGCGACCGCUAAUGGACAAAGCUCGAAGAUGUCUAGAGGAACUGCGCAAACUUCCAAACUUUCAGAAAAUGAUUGUCAUCCCCAGAGGCCGAGACGCCGUCAACACAACCUUGCUUCCCGGGAUGGUGACAUGGGACGACUUCAAUGACCUCGCGACAGGAAACAAGUUGGUAUUUGAGCAACUCUCGUUCUCCCAUCCUGGGUUUAUAGUGUAUUCUUCAGGCACGACUGGAUCUCCAAAAUGUAUCGUCCACAGUGCCAUGGGCGCUCUGAUGAAAAUCAAGAAAGACUACAUGCUACACCUUGAUGUUCGCCCGAGGGAUACAAUAUAUCAGUACACAACGACAGGUUGGAUCAUGUGGCUGAUGGUCUUGGUCGGUUUGUCAUAUGGCGGCAAAGUCGUUCUCUAUGACGGAUCUCCCCUGCAACCAGAUCCUCUUGUGACCCUUCGGAUGGUUGAGACAUUGAAGAUUACUUUGUUUGGCACCUCUGCAAGAUUCCUAUCUGAUUUGAAGCAAUCUGGGAUAAGGCCCCGGGACACAAUCGAUCUCUCGAGUCUGCGAACCGUCUCUUCAACAGGCUCAGUCCUCCAGCCGGACGUAUGUGAGUGGUUUCACAAAAUUGGGUUUCCGCCCCGAGUUCACCUGAUAUCUUCAAGUGGCGGAACUGAUCUUGCGGGUUCACUCGUUAAUGGUGACCCUACAUCACCCGAGUACUGCGGCGAGAUACAAAGAGCAUCACUCGGGAUGGCCAUUGACAUACUUGACUCGGAGAAAGACCAACCUGUCUCAAUAGCCAAAACCGGACAGCCUGGAGAGCUCGUGUGCAGAAUGCCAUUUCCUAGCCAACCAGUCAUGUUUUGGGGAGAAAAUGGUGACAAGAGGUACGAGGACUCGUACUUUUCUCGUUACGGCCGCGGCAUUUGGCAGCAGGGCGACUUUGUGUCCAUGUCGCCUCUGACUGGUGGAUUUGUCAUGCUUGGGCGAUCGGAUGGCGUUCUCAACCCAUCUGGCGUCCGCUUCGGUUCAGCCGAGAUCUACAACGCGAUUGUCAACAUUCACGAAUUCGAGGAAACAAUUUGCGUCGGACAGCGUCGACCGCAAGAUUCUGACGAGACUGUCCUAUUGUUCGUCAAGAUGAAAGACGACAAGCCCCUGACGGCUUCACUGAUCUCCCGGACAAAGCAGAUCAUUCAGAUGAAACUCACACCGCGACAUGUUCCAAAACAUAUACUGCAAGUCAACGAGAUUCCAUACACCAUCAACGGGAAAAAGAUUGAGUUGGCAGUAAAACAGAUCGUCUCCGGACGAACGAUUGUUCCCUCCGGAGCUGUUGCUAAUCCUGAGAGCUUGAAGAUCUAUGAGAAGUUUGUGAAUAUCGAAGAAGUGACAAAGGCUGGUGGCGCAGUGCCGGCGAAGUUAUAG